AUGCCGCCGACACACAUAAAAAGAUCCAACGACCUCUCUAUCCAGCUCGUCAACCCUGCAACGCCGCUGUACCCAGGGAGCGUCGUCCUAGGCCACGUCGUCCGCAAGUCUCACAUCGUCGCACCGGACGCCACCAUCCGUGUCCGCAUCCUCGGCCGUGCCAAAGCAAAACUCGUGAUCGACCGUGGAAACAACUCAAAAAGCUACUACCGCUCCCGCUUCAACUUCUGGCGCGAGGGAGCCAUCGCCGACGUCGUCCAUCAUGGACCGAUACACGUUGCCCAAGGCACAGGAGAAGAGCAAUCAUGGCCUUUUGCAUUGGCACUUCCGACUCACACCGAUGCCGCCGCCGUGAAUGCGGGGUUAUCUGAGAAUGAGAGGGCCGCGUGCUUCUUGCAUGCGCCCGGUGACCCACAAGGAAAGCUGGGUGUGCCAGAGCAGCCUCUGCCAGGAAGCUUUUUUUUUGAACACUCUGGGUUCGGCAAGAGUUGGCAUGGAUUUGUUGAGUACUGGCUCGAAGCCGAGUUGCGGGUCGAGGGGAAGAGCAAGAUCAUCGAGGCAACGAUGCCACUGAGGGUGUGGUCGGUACCGUCGCCGUCGCCGCCAAUGAUGGAUUUUGGAUUGACUGGGAGAAUGAUGAACGGACUCGUGUCGACGCAGCGAUUAAUUCCCGGAAUGGAAGAUGCGAAAUUGAGUUUCAAGCAGAAGUCGCAAAAGUUCUUUGGAUCUUCCAAGGUGCCGAAUUUCCAUUUUUCAAUGAGAGUCGAGUACCCCACGCAAAUACAGCUGGGGAACCCAUACACGAUACCCUUCACGUUGCGGAUUACACCAAACCGAGAGAAGAGCUCCGAAGUAAUCCAAGAUGUCCCUCAAAAGGCAUACAUCAAGAGCGCUACGCUGGAAGUGCACAGCACCGUUGGUGUCAUCUGUCCGGGAACAUUCGACUCGCAUGAAGGCAGCAAGACAAGGAAGCUGUGCAUCGGCAGGACCAGCAAGUUUGUCAACGGAGUCGACGGAUUCGAAAUCCCUUGCGCUCCUAAGGAGGAUGUGCUGGAUCUUGGGGCAGUCUUGGGUCUGCAGAUUGACGCCAGGGGUUCGGUUGUUGGCGCCUCCAAAUUCGGCGGGACACUCGAGACCAUGUCACCAACGUACACUACAUACUGCGUGAGGCUAUCCCAUGUGUUGCACUGGGAGGUGAAGGUUUCCAUCGGGGGUGAAUCAUGGGAGUGCGGAUGGCAGAACAGAAUCGUUGUGCAUCCUCCGGUCGAAGAGGCGUUGAGCGGGGGUGUUGGAGCGGCGUCGGCGGGUAUGGCGACCUUGUCAUUAGAACCGCCUCCACCACCAGUUGAUGAAGCAGUUCCGGCCUAUGAAGGUCCGAGUACGGCGGCGCCAGCAUACGAAAAGGUAGCAGGAGGUCAGGCGUCGAAUGAGGUCAAUGGUAAUGGGGAGGGAUCGUCGGCUGUUGGCGGCGACAUGAAGUCGUGA